AUGGCCCCGCUAUCGCCUGCUUCGGAGGCGCCUACUAUCCAGGCGGCAAUUGCGCGAUUGAGGUCAUAUGUAGCGCCAAAGACGAAUUAUUACGAUGUCCCACUGUCGAGGAGGGCUGCGGUGUUGGUGCUGCUUUAUGCGGAUCAGAAUGGGGAUUUGAGAGUUGUGCUUACGAUCCGUGCGAAGACGUUGAGUUCAUAUGCUGGUCAAGCUGCGCUUCCAGGAGGGAGGGCCGAUUCGUUAGAAGAAACUCCCUGGCAGACGGCCCGGCGGGAGGCACAUGAAGAGAUCGGUCUGCCCGAUAUCGAUCAACGGCUUCCUGCUCCCUUCCGGGUGGAACACCUGUGUGAGCUGCCAGCUAACCUGGCCAGGACAGAGCUUGUCGUCCGCCCUUGCGUAGCACUCUUACACUCUUAUGACGAGACGACAGGGAAGAAUGCUGACCCAGAGGUUUCGCUUAUCCCGAGACUUGACGCCAGGGAAGUAGCCGCCGUCUUCACGGCCCCCUUCCAUAAUUUCCUCAUGCUACGGGAUGAACAUCGCGUGGCAGACGGCAGUCAAGCCCCUCCCGGUAAGCCCGAAGACUGGUACAAGGGGGCCUGGGUGGACUGGCAUGAAUCCGAAUGGCGGAUGCACCACUUCUUUGUUCCCAUUUCGGAGAAAUCGGUCACUAAGCCAAGGGCCCGGAGCAGGGACCAGAACCUGGCCGUUAGCAAGCUCGAGGAGCAGGAAAAGUCGGGGCAACUCAAUCGCUACAGGGUCUGGGGUAUGACGGCCCGGAUCCUAGUUGAUGUUGCUAGGCUUGCAUACGAUCAGGAACCAGAGUUUGAACAUAAUAGCCACUUUGGUGAUGAAGAAAUGAUUGCCAAGCUGCGUAAGAUGGGUCGCUUGAGUUCUGACAGGAAGCCGGGUGACGAACUCACGCGAGAGACCAUGCAGAAAGCUUCCAAACUAACAUAG